AGGAGGUUCCACCAGGUUUAGAUCUUUAGAAGCAAUAUCCCGAACACCACAAGAAAAAACACCAACACCCAUCUAGCUAAGGCAGACAUCUUGCAUGUCGUGUCCGGAGGGGUUCUUGAAGCCCCAGAGCCCCAUAGCUAAGGACUGUUACCAGGCUAUCUUGGGUCCUAUGAGCCUUGUGGGCUCUCCAGAAAGGAUAGAGGACGAAAUGUCCAAAAUUCUCACUGGGGUUUUAAAGAAAAAUGAGAAUUAUGCGGUUUUCGCAGGAAUUUCGCAAGGAUUUUUGCAUAAUUUACUCGGUUCCGCAUUCAUGCACUGGUUUUUGCAUAGGUUUUCUCUUAAAAAAAGAAAAAAACUACUGUUGAAAAAGAGGAAGUAGGCCUUCCCCACAUGGCGAAAAUUGGUAGAUAGGCUGUUUCAGGU